AUGGAAUACCUGGAUGUUUGCAAUGUCUAUCGCUUCAACAUCGAACCAAUUCGUGACGGUAUGAAGGUCUGGCUGUUUCCUCUACUAUUUCAUCUCCCUAUUGUUUCUACACCAAUUGAUAGCUGCGUUACAAGGGCUUUUGUGAAAGACGGUCACAUAAUUUCUGUAACUGAGGCCAGCACGCGACCACGAUGUGUGAUUGAACUCAUCAAUCCACAACUUGACGGCGUUCUUUCUAAUCCUAGUGAUAGCCUUACGUGGCUUGACGAGCCUGGCGACGGAGCGCUAGUGUACACAGUGUUAGAAGCAUCUUCUCUUGACUAUGCAAUUGGUGGUAAACAGAUUGUCACUGACAGGAGAUUGGUUGGCGGUUGUCUAUUGAGAUACAAAAAAAGAAAGUUUUGGUCUGGCUUCAAUAUCAAAUUCCAGAAGCUAAAUCCCUUGAGACAGGUCUCGAGCUCUGAAAAUUGGAGUCUUAACUUGAAUUAUCACGAUCCCGGCAAAUUUUAUCAAGAGGACCCUGACAAUAUCGUAACACCUGGAAUGGAGCUUUCAGACUUUGUUGCAUUGACGUUGGUCCUGCUGGGAAUCCAGCCCCCAAGUAUUUCAUUGCAAUGGGUUCAAGUGGAACUAGUGUAUUGUGACACUAAGCAAAUCCCAGAUGCAGCAAUAUUUCUGUACAGUGAUCGUUAUGGAGCUAUAACUCUCUUGGAUACCAAGUGCGACGAGCCUCUCGUGGUAUCGAAGUUGCCUGGAGUAUAUCCUAAUACGUUCCGAGUUAGAUCGCCUUAUAAGUUUUUAAACUGCAAGAUUCCUCAAGUGGGUCCUACGUUCAGUACAGAGUCGAAUAUGAGAACUUACUUUUUACGCAUCCAACUCGUCAUUCGAAGCGAUGCCUCUAAGCAUUUUGAGCUGUUGGACGCAACAUUGAAUAUCGAAGUUGCAUGUCAACAUUACCAGGGGCGUAAAGAAAACUUGUCUGAGGAUUUGCUGAAUCAAUUGGUGGGAUUGAGUGAGCAGGCUAGAAGGGACGUGAAGGUGACAAGGAAAAGUGAUGGAGUUCCAGGAGAAGAGACGCUGAAGUGGAGAUUGCUGAAGAGCUUACGAAAAUGGUCGAAAAGAGAAGGCUGCCCGAUUGCAGAUCCAGAUGAGCAGUUAAUGCAAACGGAAAUGAACACAGGCAAGGUUUUCAAAAGGCUUGACCUUCCAUACCAUUGCUUGUCAGCUAUGAGCACGAAUCCGAAAAGGAAACGAUUGAUUGACAAUCUAGCGUAUCCUAAACUUGAGGCGAUCUUCGUUGGCCUGGCUCGGUAUCUGCAAGACGAUGGAGGACGUAUCGUUGUCUCACGGAUGAGAGUUUCGGAUUUCAUUCGGCUAUACAUCAAAUUGAGGCCAGAGGGCUGUGAAUGUCGUAUUACGAUCGAAAGUUUAGCCAUUGGUAUCGAUGAGCGGUUGACGUUACUCUCGGAUUACAAUCCGUGCUGCUUUUCUGAAACGUACGAUGUUCACGAAGUGACAAAUGCAAAGCCAUCUUUGACAAUUGAUGCGAACCUGGAACCGUUGACCACUUGCACAGUACCUGUUCCUGUGUCGCUAUAUCAAGCCAGGAUUCCAGACUUACUUGGUUCAGCGUUUUCGACUUUCAGUGAGAUGAGUUAUGAGAUAUUUUUCCACGUAUCGUUGACUAUUGACGGUAAGAUAAAGAAGAGCUUAACCGCCCGCGUGCCAAUAAUCAUUGCGGAAGACAAGUAUGACUUAUUAGGGCUCUUUUCAGAGGCACCGCUGUAUCAACCUACCGGGUAA